GCAUGAUAUAAUGCACAUAUACUCUGGCUAUGUGAAGCUGUGUUUAGUUGUGACGACACAAGCAGCUUUGCAAUCAAGAUCCUCAUUUUCUAUCUACACUUAAUCCUCAUACUUCACAAUGCCUUCCUUUAUCUUUCUCAUGAAGGCCAAUGUCAUGGCUGAAGCCCCACCAGCAGAAAUCCCCCCAGAAAUCUUCGAGUCAAUGUGCAAGUACAACGAAGAACUGAACGAUGCCGGAAUCUUACUUGACGCUCAAGGCCUCCGACCAACUUCUGUUGAUAGCUAUCGAUUGACGUACUCCACUGACAAUCCACCGGAAGUUAUUCCAGGACCUUUUAACGUCGCUACGGAAACUCACAUCUGUGGCUGGUGGAUUGUCCAAACCAAGGAUGCGGAAGAGGCUCUCAGCUGGGCUAAGAAGAUUCCGAUGCAAUCAGGGGAGAUUGUUGUUCGACGGAUUGGAUGUGUGGAAGAGUUGGGCGAUGGUUUCACAAAGGAAUUACGAGAACGGGAAGCAAAAUUACGGAUUCAGGUCGCAAAGAGAGUGCUGGAACUUGCGCAAAAGGACAAUGGAUCUAUUUAAUGGACAUGCGCCUUUAAUGUUAGUAGUAGGAUAGGAUGUUUUGGAGUUGAAUCAGUAAAGGGAGUGACUGGUCGGUAGCCUAAGUUUGUAUAUAUCCAGCUUCCCAG